UCUUUCCCCUUGCCAACUCCCGCAAGCGUUGCCUGGCGUUGCCGCAAGACGUUCGAUCAUGGCGUCUGGUGGAAGUGGAUCAGUGGUUAAACGCAAAAUAAGCGACUUGAAAGUCGUUCAGCUCCGGAACGAGUUAGAGAAGCGAGACUUGGACAAGACCGGCUUCAAAGCUGCUUUAAUUGAAAGACUCUCCAAGGCUCUAGAGGAAGAGGGCUUGGAUCCCGAAGCCCACGAGUUUGAAGUUCCGGCUGAUCCCAUGUCUGCCAAAAAGACAAGGAAAGUUGCAGAGAGCGAGUCUGACCACCAGACUGUUGAUGAAGAGGAGGAAGAAGAGGAAAAGGAGGGGAGUUCUGAAGUGAUGGAUGCAGAUGCACUCCAGCUGUCAAUAGAAGAUGAAGAAAAGCUCUUGAAUGAAGAGGAGGAGAGCUUCGACAAGUCAAAAGAUGAAGCCUCCCAUCAGGAAGACGCCAGCGCAGACGGCGGCACUGACAGCAGCGCCACCCCGGACGCCAAGGGAGCCAAGAAGAAGGGCCCCAAGGCCGGCCCCAAAGACCAGGACAAGGCGACCUCGUCCACCGAGCCGGGAGCACCUGCGAAGGAGGAGGGAGGGGAAGAGGGCGGGGACACGAAGAAGGAAGAAGCGGCGGAGGCUGCCAACGAUGCACCAGCCAACGCGGCUCCCACCACCACCCCUGCCAAGGCCGCCGCAGCAAAGAGCGCUGGAGGGAAAGUGGCUUCAAAAGUGGCUGGAAAGAGCAGCAAGGACCACGGCAAGAAGGCAGUGGCACCGACUUCGAGCGGGCGCAACCUGUGGGUGAGCGGCCUCUCUUCGUCCACCCGGGCUGCGGACCUAAAGGCACUCUUCAGCAAGUAUGGGAAGGUGGUGACCGCCAAGAUCGUGACCAAUGCCCGCACCCCGGGCGCCCGCUGCUACGGCUUCAUCACCAUGGGAGCCAUGGAGGAAGGUACGAAGUGCAUCCAACACCUGGACCGCACCGAGCUGCACGGCAAGAUGAUCUCCGUCGAGAGGACCAAGUACGAACCUGGGGGUGCCCUCAAGAGGUCGGAGGCCAAGAAUAACCAAGCCAAGGCACGGGCCGCGAGCGCCGCUGCUGCCGCACGGAAGGAGGGCAAGCCUGAGGCAGCCGCGGCCGCUCCUAAAGUCGCCUCUACCCCCGCCAAGCCCAAGACGACGGUGAAGAAGGUGGUGGCUGCUGCCACCAACGGCAAGAAGAAGGUGAAGCCGAAGGCGCCAGUUGAGAAGGCCGCCGUCAACACUGGCAAGGAGGCUGCUACCAAAGAGUCUAAUGCCGAUGAUGGCAUGGUGGUGAUCGACGAGAACACUAGCAAAGAUGAGUCCAAGGAGAAGCACCGGGAAAAGCGUCCUACGGUGCGGGAGCGCCGCCCGGUGCGCAGCCGCUCCCGGGAGCGUCCGAGCGUGCGCCACUCGUCGUCCUACCCGGUGCGGCGACCCUAUGAGCGCUCGGGCAUGGGCUUCUUCCGGAGGCCCAGCUUCUACCAGCGGGGGCCCUACUUCGGUCGGCCCUCCAUGGGGGGUGGCAACUUCAGGAGCCCCUCGUUCGGACCCCACAGGGGGGCCCCCGGUGGUCACGACAUGAUGGCCGCACGCAGGAUGCGGGAUGAGCGCAUGCGCACACGCGACCGCCUCGACCUGCGAGAGGAGGAGCGGCGCAGCUUCCACGACAGCAUGCGUCAGCGGGAGCUGGAACGCAAGCAGAGGGAGGAGUCGUAUCGCCUGGAGCGAGAGCGGGAGCGCCUCAGGGUGGAGCGUGAGAAGCUGGAACGUGAGAAGCUUGAGCUGAUCUGCCUGGAGCGGGAGAAACAGAGGCAGGAGAGGGAGCGCAUCCAGAGGGAACGGGAGGAGCUCCGCCAGAGGCAGCUCCUCGCUGGGCGCACGGAAGAGGCCCGGCGUCCCUUGAAGCGUCCCCUGGUGCCCGACAGACGGGACGACGACACUUUCUACGCAGAACGAAGGCGCUCUCAUCCGUCGAGCCGCCGUCCCUCGGACCUGCCGAGGCAAAGCACGAGCAGAGCCUCGCCCCCGUCCCCACCACGCCCGGCCCCCUUCCCCAGCAGGCCAGAGUACGACGGCGGCAACUCUGGAGGGAGCAGCAAGCCCCUGAGCCAGCGCUCAGACAGGGACGACCGCUUCAGCCGCCACAGCCACCACAGCCACCACCACGCCGGCAGCGGCAACCACGGUGGCAGCUCCCACGGGAGCGCCCACGCCCUGUCCUCCUCACCGCCGAGGGCUCCCCCCAGCUAUGCCCCAAGCCGCAGCGGCACGGACUACCGCCACAGUGGGCCGAGCUCGCGCAGCUCGGCCCUGGCACCCCCGGCACCGCCACCCUCCUCAUCUUCGUCGUCGCGCAGGCCGUCUUCCCUCCGGGAGGACUGGCGUACAGAAGGGAGCCGACGGGAGCACGCAUCGUCGUCCUCUACCUCCUACGACACGGCCGGCAGCCGCGGUUUCGCCAUUCCCUCGACCUGGGGAGGAACCAGCAAGGCAAGCAGCAGCUUUCCCGGCGGCUCGAGCAGCUCGCAGCAGUGGGUACCUCCGUCAUCUUCGUCGUCGUCAUCGUCGCGAAAACCCGAAGGCGGCACUUCGUGGAACGGGGGCGGGGACCACCACCACCACCGCUGGAGCAGCACGGUCGGGGGCGGGAGUGGGAGCAGGGCGGUUGGGAGCGGCUCCCACUCGUCUGCGGGGGUCGGGGCCAGCGGUUACUCGGGUAGCCUUGCCAACGGGUCGGUCAGCAGUAGCUACAGCACCGGGGACCGGUACUCGGGGGGAGGCAGUCUCCGCAGGUACUGAGGAAGCGGGCGUCUUUGGAGGCGUGUGGCGGCGUCGAGCCCGUCUGAUGGCCUGGGCAGGCAGGCUGUUGGAAUUGUGUGGGCCCAACGGAGGAACAAGUCACGCUUGUUGUGGAGGUAGUUCUCUCGCAAAGUUCCGAAUAACUGGAAGUCGAUUCAUCUGGGAGUACUGCCGACGACGGUUUAACUAAAAACUAGAUGUUUAAGCGUGUGUGUCCUUUUCUUUUUUUUGUGCAUGGAAUCGGCACUCUUGGUGUUGCACCGUCAUUCCCUCGAGAUUUACAUAUUGUUUUGAUCUGACGUUUCACUUUGUAAAAAGCCCUAAAAUUGCACCUUUGAGAGAAUAAACGGUCAUUGCAUCUGGAA